GGACGAUAGGUAACCAACAAGCAGUCUUUCCUGUUACUCUCAUACCAGAUCCACGAAGCUUCUUGACCAACCUCAGAGAGGUUAUUGCUUUAUUACUGGGACAAUCUAAAUACACGCCUUCUUGACCCCGACGACGCGACUUCUCUCGACCCCAGAUUACCCCUCAAUAUCAAAGCGGGACUCCCCUCCCCUUAACCCAACAUGUCCAUUCCCAACGAAGCUCUGCAGAAGCUUCUGCAAGAAAUCGAGGUUCAGGCCAUUACCUCCCAACAACAAAUCGGCGUCACGAAGGCGCAGAUCACAACUAAGCAGAGAGACAUCCGCAUGCUGGAGCUGACGUCCAAGGAGAUCAGCUCUUUGCCUAAGGAUACAAGGGUAUAUGAGGGUGUUGGUAAGAUGUUUGUGGCUGUCCCCAUGAACACGAUCGACAAGCGCCUGACAAGCGAGAGCGGAGAUUUGAAGACGGAUAUUGCUGGCUUGGAGAAGAAGCUGCACUACUUGGAAAUGACGCAUAAGAACAGCCGUGAGAACCUGGAGCAGAUCCUGAAGUCCGGUGGAAAGGCGUGAGGGGCUGUCUCAUCAGUGGGAAAGAAAUGAAAGAUGAGCACAAGGAAUAAAUAUAUCAUACCGAUAAUAGGUGCCGUUGUGCUGGGCAUACGCCCGCCUCUGGUGGUGACAGAAUGGGACGGCAAUCGCAGAGCGCUGCACGGGAGAUAUACGCUAGGAUGGGGAUCCUAGGGGGCAGCCUCGUCUGCUGCGCUGCGCUCUGAUCUCCUUUACAUCAUGGUAUUGUGAAGGCUGCCUUCGCUAUCAGUGGUCAUAUUACGCCCUGCUGAUGCGCUGAGCGCUCGGCGUUAAUUGGAUUUGCUUAGCGGUGUUUACAGGUAUUUCAGUAUGUAUCACCAGCUCGCUAAAUUAUAGCCAAUCAAGG